AUGCGAAUAUCUGUCAUUGAUCGAUGUAACAAAACAAUGAAUAAAAUUUGAGAGUUUGGUUGGUCGCAACUGAAAGUGCUUCCUAGGUAACGGCUGCUGCUAUGCAUUGUUAACUCUCACAUCCGGCCCCCUUGAAAUUAUUAUCAUCAAUCUAGAUCAAUUCGUUGCAUUUCCCCCUGUAAAUUUAUUUUAAUACAGUUCACCAGCUGAGACCGGUCGCUGUUUCUCCCAGACUCAAGCCUGCUACCGAUAGUCGAUGCCGUUUAGUUUCAAACUUUGAGCUACAGUUUGACAGCUUAUCGUGGCAUAAAUUUUGUCAUACCUUUGUAAAAUCGCCAUGAGUCAGUUUGCGGAAUUUCAGCAUGUUCUACAAGAGUUUAGUCCUCUACUGGACUCGUACUGGCCGUACGUUGUCGGCAUCGUAUUGGGAAUUUUAACAAUGAUAAGUUUUAGGGCUUACAUGGGAGGACCGGACUGUCCCAGCGAGGAAAGAAUUGAUGGGAAAACGGUUGUGAUAACCGGGGCUUCGAGCGGUAUCGGUAGAGAAACAGCUUUGGAACUGGCAAGGAGAGGAGGACACGUAGUUUUGGCUGUCAAAGACGAAGAAGCUGGAAAUAACGUAGCCGAAGAAAUACGAGCCAUGCCUAAUGGAAAGGCAGACGUUAGAGUCGUGGACUUGUCUUCGCUGAAGAGUGUUCGUGCCUUUGCCGAAGAUCUGGAACUAGACCAACUCGAUAUAUUGAUCAAUAAUGCGGGAAUCGCUUUUCAUCCGUAUGAAAAAACUGAGGAAGGUUUUGAAAUGCAUUUUGUCACCAACUAUCUUGGUAAUGUGCCGUAUGCUAAUAGCUUUUUCCAAUCAGUUGACAUUGCGACAACACUUGACUCUUGUACUUUACUCGCUUUUAAUUCAUUCGUCUCAGGACAUUUUUUGCUGACGCAUUUGCUGCUGCCAAAACUCAAGGCAGCUAAACAAGGCAGAAUUAUAAAUGUCUCAGCUCAAGCCCAUAUAGCUAGUGAGAUUCACUUGGAUGAUUUAAAUUUGGAAAAGAAUUUCUCUCCAUUGGAAGCCUUCGGACAGAGCAAACUUGCUUUGAUACUCAUGGCGAGACACAUGGGUCAUGUUUUGAAAGAUACAAAUGUAACGGUGAAUGCGGUAAAUCCUGGUCGUGUUAGAGGAACGCGGCACAUGAGAAGAUCUCCGAUCAGUUCUACGUACAUAAUAAAGUUAUCAAUGCAGCCGUGGAUGUGGUUACUACUUAAAAAUCCUGUGCAAGGCGCACAGACGUCGGUUUAUGCUGCUGUAUCUACUCAGCUUGAGAAAAGCACCGGAAAGUAUUUCAGCGAUUGCGAUGUAAAGACUCCGUCAGCGAAUGCCAUGGACGAUAACCUAGCUGAGAUACUGUAUUCAAAGUCACUUUUGCUUGUACAACCAUUUGUGGAACUUCCUGAGAUUGUCACAACGAAUGAGUGAACACUUCGCUACCAGGCAUACAUAGAACAGUUUUGGAAGAUUAUGGUGUUACACAAAAUCCCGCAAGUGAACGACAAGACUCGGCUAAUUAUUAGAUAAGUAUCGUCGGGUGAUACAUUAUAAAUGUUUUUAAUCAGAACCCAUCUCCAUUGCUAUCGGAAUUGAGUAUAAUUUUUCUGUAGAACACGAGUGCAAAGUUCAUAAGUUAAUUCGGUUAAAAAAUCGGCUUACUUCCCCUUCUAACUUUAAACCAAAGUAUCGUUAUUGUCAGAAAAUUGGCAAGGAUCGUUACUCGGUUUAUUCACUAGAUCUCUGACCAGACUUUGUAUCUGAAUAUUUUCUAAUAAAAUAUACCUAUAUUAAGUGGCA